GAUAAAAAAAAACUUGUAUAUAAACACGUUCCCAGAUAAGAAUGAUAGACAAAAUUAACAUUUAUAGAAAUGUGUUUCAACACCGACGUCCAGAAGUGGAGUGACUGGCAUACCAUUAAUACAGCCUGUAAUUAACUGCAGUGAAAAAAUUAAUUCGAUUGUAACUAGCGAGGUGAACGACCCUCUCCUCACACGUAUCACGAGUGGGCGUGCGAGAUAAAUCCCGUCGUGAUAACCCCACCCCGCCCCUACGCCCAUGCUUUCUUAUCAAAUGUCACUCCUGUCAUCCUUUCUGUCACGAUGUCGAACCUAACCUCAAAAUGAGUAUGACUCCGGAGUUUUCUCGUUCGACAAUGUGUUAAAUUCCAGUACAACGCUUUAUGUUCUUUUUGUUUUCCAAAACUGGGUUAAAUUAGCUGUAAAAAUGAACAUCGUUUGUUUACUAGUGAGCCGACAUAACCUCAAAACUUCACUAAAAUGUUUCAAACACGUUAACAACGGGAUCGUUCCUUGCAAGUCUAUAAUUAGGAGUCUGAAGAGCAUGGCGCAGAAAGUCAGCCAGAAUAAAACGUACGUCGCUGUGAAUAUCCCGGAAAAUGCGAAUCAUGCGACGAAAAAAAAAUUCUGGGGGUUUUUGAAGAGGGACAAUAGUACGAAGAAGGGAGGGGCGCCUGCGGCGCCCCGACUCAAUAAACACGAUCUCUUGCGGCUGUUAUCUCUGGCGAAACCGGAGAAGUGGAGGCUGAUAGGGGCUAUUUGUUUUUUGCUUGUGUCGAGCACGGUCACCAUGAGCAUACCGUUCAGUUUAGGUAAAGUCUUAGACAUUAUUUAUGACAGUAGUACAAAUAAAGAUGAAGCUAGAGCUAAACUUAACCAAGUCACUGGAAUCCUGGUGUGUGUUUUUAUCCUGGGGGCUCUGUGCAAUUUCGCACGGGUGUACCUCAUGUCGGUUUCAGGUUACAGGAUGACCCAAGCGUUGAGAAACCGGGUGUUUUCUACCAUAAUGAAACAGGAACAGGGAUGGUUUGAUAAGAGAUCAACGGGAGAAUUGGUAAAUCGGCUUUCAGCGGACACACAACUGGUUGGAAAUGCGUUAUCUAGUAAUAUUUCGGAUGGUUUAAGGUCGACUGUGAUGGUAUGUGCCGGGACGGGAAUGAUGUUCUAUAUGUCUGCAGAACUAGCUCUAGUUGGGUUGGCAAUAGUGCCUCCCGUCGCCAUUCUAGCGGUGUUUUUUGGCCGCUAUCUUAGGGGAAUUUCGCGCGGGGUGCAGGACUCCCUAGCCAGUGCUACUAGUGUGGCAGAGGAAAGAAUCGCCAACAUUAGAACUGUGAAAACGUUUUCGCAAGAACCGAGAGAGAUGGACAGUUAUGCCAACUCUAUAAAGCACGUUUUAACCCUGAGCUACAGCGAAGCCAAAGCUAGGGCCGUUUUUUACGGAUUGACGGGUUUCAGCGGUCACGUGAUUAUAAUUUCAGUUCUGUAUUACGGUGGGGUAAUGGUGUCCUCUAACACGAUCACAGUUGGCAAUCUGUCGUCGUUUCUUUUGUACGCCGCCUACAUUGGCGUAUCUUUAGGGACCUUCUCGAAUUUCUACACGGAAUUGAAUAAGUCGAUAGGGGCUGCUUCCAGAAUAUGGGAGAUAAUCGACCGGGAACCGGUGAUACCCAUGGCAGGGGGCACUAUACCCAUAGCCACCCCCGAGGGCCACAUCCAAUUCAAGGACAUCCAAUUCAGCUACCCCGCCCGCGACGACGUCCAGAUUUUCGAAAACUUCCAGCUCGAAAUCCAGCCCGGGAAAAUGGUGGCGGUGGUGGGACCGAGCGGGUCGGGGAAAAGCACCCUGGCGGCGCUCCUCCUGCGGUUGUACGACCCAGGCAGAGGCCAAGUGUUUCUGGAUGGACAGGACGUGAAGGAUUUGGAUCCGAGUUGGUUGCGGCGGCACAUCGGGACUGUUAGCCAGGAACCCGUUUUGUUCUCGUGUUCCAUCCGGGACAACAUCCUCUACGGUGCCGACGAUCCGUCUAAAGUGACGGAAGACGACUUGAUGAAAGUGGCCAAAGAAGCCAACGUGUACGAGUUCGUCCAACAAUUGCCUGAGGGGUUUGACACGAUGGUGGGGGAAAGGGGGGUGAUGUUGAGCGGGGGGCAAAAGCAGAGGAUCGCGAUCGCAAGAGCUUUGAUUAAGGAUCCGAAGAUUUUGUUGCUGGAUGAAGCCACGAGCGCUCUGGAUGCGCAGUCGGAGCGUCUGGUACAAGAAGCGCUCGAGAGGAUCAUGAAAGGGCGGACUGUGUUGACGAUCGCGCAUAGGUUAUCGACGAUUCAGAAUGCCGAUACUAUAGCGGUUUUGAAGGAUGGACAUAUCGUGGAACAGGGGAAGUACCAGGAGUUGUUGAAUAUCAAGAAAGGGGCCUUCAAGGAACUCGUCAAGCACCAGACGUUCCAAGGCCCGGUAGACAAGACGUGAACGUACUUAACUUAUUUUAUUUUUACACUCUGUAUGACGAAUUGUUAUAGAUUUUUUUAAAUUAUGUAUUGUUGAUUCCAAUAAAGAGAUCUACUGUU